AUGUCGCCGGCGGCGGACAGCGCAUCGGGAUCGAAGCGGCAGGCGGAGCUGCUCAAGCAGGAGGGCAACACCUGCUUCAAGAAGGACCGCAUCAGCGCCGCCAUCGACGCCUACACCGGGGCUAUAGCUCUCUGCCAAAAUGUUGCAGUAUACUGGACCAACCGAGCACUGUGCUAUAAGAAGCGGAAUGAGUGGGCUAAGGUUGAGGAAGAUUGUAGAAUGGCUAUCCAUUAUGACAGCCACUCCGUUAAGGCGCAUUACAUGCUUGGGCUUGCACUUCUCAACAGGCAGGAAUUGGCUGGAGGAAUAAAAGCACUAGAAAAGUCUUUGGAGCUUGGAAGGGGUGCACAUCCUGCAAGCUAUAUGGUUGAAGAGAUAUGGCAAGAGCUUUCUAAAGCAAAAUACAUUGAAUGGGAAGGCCUAUCAAAAAUGCGAUCCUCUCAAUUGCAUAAACUGAAUGCAACAUGUAAAGAAGCUCUAAAGAGCUAUAAUAGCCUUGAUAAUCCAACUGGAGACAUGUCUGAAGAGCAUCUAAAUGAGCUAGACGAAGUUUUCAGGAAAGCUGCAAAGGCCGAUACUCCAACAGAAGUUCCUGACCAUCUCUGCUGCAAGAUUACACUUGAUAUCUUCAGGGAUCCAGUGAUCACUCCAAGCGGAAUUACUUAUGAGAGGGCUGUGAUUCUUGACCAUUUAAACAGGGUUGGGAAAUUUGACCCUGUGACCCGUGAACCACUGGAACCAUUCCAACUAAUAUCAAACCUCGCCGUCAAGGAGGCUGUAGAUGUAUUUUUGAAGGAACAUGGUUGGGCUUACAAGAUCAGGUGA